AUGCCAGGUGUGCGUAAUGAUGGUUACCAGGACCGGUGGUUAGUAAACCGGCGACGAAUGCCGGAGGGGAAGGAGCAGGAGUAGACGUGACAGGUACUGUAUAUAUAUCUCAGUGGAGGCUGCUGAGGGGAAUAUGGCUCAUAAUAAUGGCUGGAAUGGAGUUUUUAUUAUUGGACAUACAAGACUGUAAAAACACCAGCAAAAUCAGCUCCAUGUUCCAAAGUAUUCCCAUACAUAAUGGAGGGAUAUAUGUGAUAAUAUACAAAUGUAAGCAAGGUUUGAAAUUAUUAUGUUUUAGUCAAAUAUUAUAUAUGUUUGGGCUUCUUGCAGUCAAUUUGCAGUGCACAAAUUAUUUGUAAUUCUGUUCCUGCCUCCUGACCAUCGGCCCGCAGCUGAAUCUAGUUGAGUAUCCCUGCUUAGGUGGUAAGGCCACCAAUGGAGUUUGCCUGUGGGUUUGUCUAUGUCCCUCCAUCAACCUAUCAGAGGGAAGUCCAAAGGAAACCCCCAAUUGCAAUUAAACGUUCAGGUGAGUUAUAAUUUCUCAGACACACUUCAAAUGAAAUCUUGCUAACAUUGUCCGAAUGCCCGUUGCUGCCCAAACACUGUCCUGUCAGUGAACCAUCUAAUGUUUUCCAGUUCAUUAAUGAAUCUUGUGUAGUACACAUUAACAUUAACAAUGCUCUGUCUCUCAUCUCUCCCAGCUCUCCUUCCUCCCCCAAGCAGAAUCCGUCCCCGCAGUCCUCCCCCUCCUCCUCCAGCACCCUCCCCAGAACUACAAAAACAACAACACCCCUCUCCAGAACAGAGAAUCACUGAAAAUGGUGAGGUGAAGAGAGCUCCCAACCCCUUGCCACUGUAUGAGAAUGCAGCAUUCCAUCUUAGAAGAGGAGGAGAUGUUCCAGGCUCGCCCCAACAGCUCACAUCUCAAACAGCUCGAAGGACAGGUUUGCCUAGCAUGAGUGUACUGGGGAAUUCAAUGUAUAAUGUCAUUUUUAGGAUAUACUGUUCAAUUUAAGUGUCUCAAAAGUCAUGAGUGAACUCUUGAGAUUGUGGCUAACAUUGUGUCAACAUUGUGGCUAACUUUGUGUCCGUCUCUACCUUCCCAGCUCUGCUCCCUCCUUUCAUGCGAUCUCAAUCGCCUGCUUACAUCCAGCCAAUCCCAGGCCCCCCUUCCCUUCUCCCUUCCAAUAGCCAGAGGCUGACCUAUGACCUUCCAAAGGAGGAACCAGACAUUGGAAGUUAUCCAUGGGAUCCAGACUACUCAUACAAUAUCCCAGAAGGCAGUGGGGAAGAAAUUAAGCAUCCAAACACCACCGGCAACAGUCGAUCAGCACAGAAGUCAGGUGACUGGUUAAUGUGCUGUAAAGAGACAUUCUUUGGUAGACUCAAAGCUAGUAUUGUCAGACAGUACUGCCGUUCAUGCAAUUCACAUCUUAAGAUGCCAACAAAACAAACAGUCUUGCAUUUGAUGAUAAAGAUGUGACGAAGAUUAUGACUACAACCAGAGUUGAAAAACAUGAUUCUCCCUACUUCUAGCUCCAGCCUUGCCACCAAGAUCUUCCUUUAUGAGGUCCUGUCCAGAAUACCUAGUUCUGUUGCCUGAUUCUUUCUCAUCCUCGACGUCUUCCUCUUCAUCCCCCAGUAAAUCUCGCUUCAUUAUGGACAUCCAUUAGUAUACAGUAUCUUCACAGUUCAUUAGAUAAUUCCUCAUUGAAAAUAAAAAAUGUAGGUGCUCAUAAAUAGAUACAAAGCACAAUUGCAACUACUAAUGGCCAUUUACUACACAGGAUCAGGGGAACCAUUGGUGGGGAAUCCAAAUGUGAUCCUAGUCAGUUUGGGGGCACUGAUAUCAGAGGAAAAUGGUUAGUGGACUAUUCCUGCUAUCAUUCUGAGAUAAUGUUUGGUGUAUGAUAGUCAAUGUCUUUGACCUGACUUUUCACUGUCUCUCAGUAUGUCACAGUCUAACAUGCUUGUCUGUGUUGACCAACGUGUGUCCAAUCACAGUGCUCACCAUAGAGGGAGAGCCCACCUGCUGCUCGCAGUGUGGCUCUGUGCUGGACUCCAUCUAUGACAAUGUGGUAGUUUGACCUUUCACACUCUCUUGAACAUGAAUCAUACGUAAUAUGAAAAAUAAUCACAGUAGUCAAGCGGUAAUCACUAUUAUGAUUCUAACCUCAUGCCUUCCAAAUUAUUCAAUAAUAAGGACAUGGUAGACCUACAAUCAAUCUCAAUGAAGUUAUACCUACUACUUAUUGUAAUUCAUGACUACUGAAGGUACAAUUUCUCUCAAACAACUGCAUUUCCACAUCCUUCUGUUGCUCUACAGGUGAAUAUCUGUUAUUUUUGCCAGUCAUCAUGGGAACCACCUACCUCCUCAUCUGCCAAAUGUCUCAGUUGCCAGGACAGUGUUUUCCUGUUGACCCCUGGUGACAAAGCCCUGACCCGUACAGACACACUGCUGCUGUUCUGUAUCGACAUCUCAGCGUCCAUGAGUAUCACCUCCCAGGUUUGGACAUAAGACCAUUGGUGUUAUUUUUUUGUGUUUUCUCCAGGCUCUGUAAGGUUAGAUUAGAAUAAAUGUGAUAGGGAUACCGCUAUAAUCAAUUUUGUUCUGUAAAAUCAGUAUUGUUCUGUUUUAAGUAGUUUCACAUUCAGUGCUGGUUGAAGCUGUAUUUAUCACCAUUUAUGCUGGCCACGGUAUAUACUGACUACAACCCUCUUUGGGAGAUUGAGAUGAGCAGUGAAAUUCUCUCUUUUUCUUGUGCCAGGUGUUGGAAGGAAAACAGCCAAUCUACAGAUCACGUCUUCAGGUCAACCAUCUUUGAUUAUUUAAAUGGGCAUCAGUAGCUACACAAUCAUUUGCUUUGCUAGAAUUGAUAAUGGUCUGUGGUUGUGUAGAUGGUGGUAAUGAUAACACCAAUGCGGAUUUUAAACCAGUUUGUUCAGGAAGCAGUGUUACAGAGUGUUCAGAAGCUGAGUGAAACACAACCACACAUGCAAGUAGGACUCAUCACAUUCAACAAUCAGGUACAAUAUUACACCCAUUUCUCAUUGACAGAUUCAUUGGCUGUAGGUAUCAAAUCUGUGUUUUGUGUGUGACAUUUCAUAUGCACUGAUUUGGAUUCAAUAUUUGGAUGCAUUCAUCCAAUAGUUGGAUGUAAAUCUGAAGUUGUUUUGAUCAGUAUCUUAAGAUCAUCCACUGAUGUUUGUCUUGACAGGUGACUCUGCAUGGAUAUGAAGAGUUCACCUCACGUUUUUUGUGUGGUGCCGAGUUGAUUGACAGUGAAUACCUUAAGGAAGCAGCGUUCAGCUUCCCCAGCCCACCCCCCCUCUCCAGGACAAGGGACUGUCUACAGAGAGAGAUUCUAGGGUAAUAAAAACAAACUCUACAGUUUAAUUCAAGGGCCCAUGUGGUCCAAGAGCAAAUAAGCCAUGUACUCAUUCAAACUGGUCCAAUGAAGGAAUCAUUUAAUGAAAUAAUGGUAUGUUGACACUUCCUCUUUUCAUUAAAAGAUUGUCUGAGAGUGGUGCCACGGCUCUAGGUCCAGCUUCUCUUGUAGCCAUAGCGAUGGCUUCUCGGCAACCAGGGUCAAAGGUCAGUCAGUCCUAUAGUUCCAGUGCUCUGAAUAAAUAAUGUAUCUGUUUUGUUUAUGAUGUAGUACCAAUAAAAUAUAUUGUCCUCUUCCCAGGUGAUCAUCUGCACAGAUGGAAAGGCCAACACAGACCUGGGGAAUCUGGAGGUGGAGGGCAAUGAUGCUCGAUCUCACCUCUCCUCCACCAUCUUCUACCACGACCUGGGGGAGUACGCAGCUAGCCAGGGGUUGGUGCAACUCUGUACUGUCUUCACUAGCUAAAUGUUCACUUCUAUUUAAGCAUAGUGGAGAACCUAUUUUACCUUGAAUUAGCUAAUUUUCCUACAGACUAUGUUGAUAGCCUUUUAGGUAUUAACAUAAGUGAUUUUCAGUUAUUGAAUACUAUAAGCAAGUGCUUACAGUACGUAACCCUUUCUCUCCUAGGGUGACAGUGUCAGUGUUGGCUAUCGAGGGGACAGACUGCAAACUUGAUGAGCUGGGGAGACUAGCAGACCGCACAGGCGGAAAGGUAUGUGAUUCAAUAAAUAAUAUUGUAUUAUUCUCUUAUGUGCUGUGUAUGUAAUUUAGCUACAAUCCUAUUGGGCCCGUAUGUGAUAAGAGUCCAUUGUGCAAGAUGUGUAUUUUAAUAUGGUACUGUACAUGUCGUCUUUUCCUCCUAGGUGGUGAUAGCAAGUCCAAAUGAACUAUACACUGAAUUUGAGGAGAUUAUACAGAACAGGACGAUAGCGACACACUGUAGUGUCACUUUGCUGCUGCCCACAACUCUGUAAGUGUUGAAUUAAACAUCUAUAUAUUCAUGUGUAUUUUCAAAUAUAGUAUAUGUGUGUGGGUAGAUGUUUGAAUAGGUAUAAUUCAUUCAUAAUGUGUAUGUACGUCACCAUCAGUAUAUAUAUCCCCCCCCCCCAAAAAGGGUGUAAAUGCUUAAGAACCCCUGGGUGUGCAGUUGUAUGCUCAUCCUCAAGAAAACAUUUUGGUGAAUUGACAAUCAUAAAUUGUAAAUGGCAAAUCUAGCACUGUCACACCAGCGAUACAUUUGAACAGAGAACCCUGAUUUGACUGGAAAAGGCCUUCAUCUCUCACCCUCAUUCCCUCCUCCACUAGGUGUGUGAGAAGAGAGAGAGAGGCCGGGAACAGGGGGACCAGAGAGGUGGGCAAUGUGGCAUCAGACACAGAAAUCACCUUUCAAUUUGGAGCGAGGGAACACAGCUCACAGGGAGAGGGUGAGAACAGAGGGAUGAGGAGGAUUUAAGGAUUGGGGACCAAGUUCACAGAGAAAUACAUUUGUAAUCUCUUUUUCUUUCUCUGAUGUUUCGUGUCAGCCCCAGUGGCAGAUGGCUGCGUGUCUGUCCAGCUGCAGCUGAGAUACAAACAGAAGGAUGGACGCUGUAUGCUCAGAGUGCUGACUGCUGAGAGAGAGGUGACGGAUGACAGGUAAUGGGACACGCCCAGAACUCACUCAGGCGUUUGCCAGCAUUCAUGACGUGCAUUCAGAAAUGCCUUUUGUUGACAGUUUAUCUACCAGAAAGACUAGACCAUCAGCCUGAGCUAAAGUCAAAGAAUAAUAGAAAUGUGUUUACACAUCACAAUCCACUCCAUUUGCAAAACAAUUUGAUAGGAGAAUAAUGAUGGAGACGACCAUGUUAGUGGUCAUGAUAGUAACCUAAUGCUGUAACCCUCUCUCCUCUCUCCUCUCACUCUCAGCUCAGUGGUCCUCUCCUCUCUGCUUCUAGCCAUCAUUCAGCUCAACUCAUCCCAGGCCAGCGCCGCUCUAGCUGUCAGGGGCCGCUUCCAAGACGCAAGGAGAGAGGGGGAGACACAGAGGGAACUGAUUGAGAGAGCCCUGUGAGUGAAUGAUUUAGUGAGAAGGCUGAUGGACAGCAAUGUGUAUGUGUGUGUGUGUGUGUGUGUGUGCCUGCGUGUGUGGAGGCAGAGCCUCAGAAUGGGCGCUAAUUAGUGAGUGAGACUGACAGCCGGAUUCACAUGAGUGAACAAGGCCUGUUUUGGUGUGUGCGCGAGAAUACGAAUGUGUGUGAGCAUGCGCACGUUUGGGCUUGUGUGUUGGCUGGUAAAUUCUGCUGUACAUAGACAUUUGUCAACUUGUAUUUGUGUAUACACGACAACAUGCUUAUCUUUUGUUACCUUUUCAGAGAGUAUCAUCAAAAUGCAGAGGACAAACAGAUUUAUUCGGAAUGGCUUAAAACCAUGGACCCUAUACACAACAGCCUACAAAACUACACAAGGGUAGGUCUGUGUGUACAGUAUUGAGACAAUUGUGAAACAGAAACUGUGUGUAUGGUGCAUUCUUUAAUACAUUCUGUUUAGUAUUUGAAGCAUAAUUGUCAUUGGGUUUAUUUCCAUCUUAGAGACAAUCCAUACUUUCUGAUACACUGCAGGUGAUGUAUAACAUAUCCAUAGAUAUAGAACCCUGAUAUGAACAUUACAACAUAUUUUCACCCAGACUACAAUUGCCUCUAUGGUAAUAUCUAAUGUACAAUUCAGAUACACAAAUAAUGCUAUUCUACCAUUGCAAUCUCAAGCUCCUAUCCAACUAUGCCCCCUACCUUCCUCUAGUCUCCCCUGCUAAUCUCCUUCAUAUUUCUCUCCCCUUCAGUCUCUAACGGACAAGUGUGCUGCACUGCUGUACAGCAUGAAGAACAGCAACAGGAAGUCUAUUUUACUGAAGGAAAAGCACAAACACUGACUGGUGACUACUGACUAUGCCUGAUAUCCUUGGAAGCUAUUCAAGUUCUACCGACUUCUGGGGGAGGCCUAUUUAUGCACAAAUCGGACUAAUUAAUGUAUCUAACAAAAAUGCAACAUCUGGAAAUAUAUGAUUUAUAAUAGCAUUAACAACUGUCGAUAUUGUACUUGUUCAUUCUAUAUGUAAAAACAACUUUUCCAAAGAAACAAUAAAACUUGAUCCCGUUCUUAUCUAUGCAAACUAUCAGAACUUAAUGUCAGAACUGCGAUGGCACAUAGCAAGUGAAAUGGGUUUGUACCUACAGUGCCUUCAGAAUGUAUUCAUACCCCUUGACUUAUUC